UCCAAGGGUCAAUCAAUUUCAUUCUCUCUUGGCUUGGCUUGGCUUGGGUUGCCUUCGAUUCCUUCUUGGAUUCCCCACUUUGAAGCUCAACUACAAACACCACAUCUAUCUAUUCAUUCUUCCUUUUCCUUUCUCUUUUCCUUUUCCCAAUUUCCUCUCAAUUCAAUUUAACUCCCUUUCAAUGGCUUCCGGUAGCGGCGGCCCCAAUUCGCCGUCGUCAAGCAGUUCUAGUAUGCCCAAGUCGCCAUUUUCGAGGACCAUGCCAAAUAGGGAAGCACUGGUGUCCUCCAUGAUCCGGCAAGGCAUAAUUCCCAAUACCGUGCUCUCUCCUCCCCGGGUCCCAAUGCCCCCCGCCCCCGCCCCCGCCCCCGCAGCCGCCCCCACACCCGCCCCCCAAUCGGAGGCUCUCAAGACAAUCAAAGAUGCCGUUAGCGAUCUAAUGUUGGAAGCCCCAUUUCGGGAUACUGAUAAAUGGGGGGCGAGCGACGUGAGGCUGAAUGUGGUUGCCAGGUCGAUGGGGUACCAUGUGGCGAUGGACGUGCACAGCCGGGUGCUCGUCUCCAGGAGCCGCUUCUUCGCGGAUAAGCUGCGCACGGGGGCUGGGACCGAGCAUACCGUUGAAAUUUGUGAUUGUGACGACGUGCCCUUGUACGUCGAGGCCAUCUCGCUCAUGUACUAUCAAGAAGACUUGAAGAACAUUCUCAGGACUACGGUGCCUUCCAAGGUCGUCGAUCUCUUGCAGGUAUUUUACGCCUUGCUGUGCGAGGACUGGCUGAGGGCAUGUUUGGAGUAUCUGGACUCAAUACCUUGGACAGACCAUGAAGAGGAUCUCAUCGUUACGCAAUUGAAUGAAUUCAGUUGUUGUGGUUUAAGGGCAGAUGGUUUGUUACAGAGAGUUAAGGCAAUCGGGCCGUCGACAUCUACCCGAGGGGAUGAAGUCUUCUUACAACUAUCCAAUGGUGUAUUGCAGGCCAAAGAUGAUAAAGCCCGCAACACAAUGAAGGCAUUAAUAACUCGGUUAAUUGAGCAGGAUGAGGAUAAUGAUUUGCUUGACGUUUCGAAAGAUACAAUUUAUAGUCUUUGCCAUAAUGGUCUUAAUUUUCUGACCGUCAGAUUAUCUGGAGUCGCCAGCGUCCAUGAAAGCAGCCAUAAUCGGGGAGCUUUGAUGAGUGAGAUAGCUCGAGCAGCUGACAACCUGCUGUGGAUUGUCAAGAUCCUAAUUGCGAGAAAAAUCGGUGAAGACUUUGUGGGUAUAUGGGCUGAACAGAAAGAUCUUUCGGCUCUUCACUCAAAAGUCCCUGUAAGAUAUCGACAUGAAAUUAGCAAGAUCACUGCCCAUAUUUGCAUUGCCAUUGGAAGAGGGCAAAUUCUUGUGUCGAGGGAGACUAGAUUUGCGUUGCUGAACACUUGGCUGGAACCUCUUUAUGACGAUUUUAAAUGGUUGAGGAUGCCUGGAAAGUCGUUUGAUCUGAAACUGUUUGAAGAGGGACUGAGUAAGACAAUCUUGACUCUGCCAUUGUCUCAACAACAAUGGAUUUUGCUCGACUGGUUUCAUCGGUUUCUUGACAGGGGGGAUGAUUGUCCCAAUAUUCAGGGGGCGUUUGAAACAUGGUGGAGAAGGGCUUUCGGUACCAAGUAUGAUGAUAUUGAUCCCAAAAUGCAGAUAAAAUCUGCUGCGGAUUUUCAUCAAUGAAUUUGUAGUCGAUUCUUCUUUGAUGCCAGGUAAUAAAAUAGCCCGUGUUCUUCUUUCAUCCGGUUUCGCUUUAACUUUGUUAAAGAAAAUCUUGAUCAGAAUGUGAAUCUUUUGGAGAUAAUUCCCUUUCACUUUUUUGUGAAUAAGAAUAUGAAUAGGAUUUGAUUUUUGAUUCGAUUCAAUCGUUUUAAACUGUGUGUAGAUGUAACCAACCCUCUUCUUGAUCGAUGGCUCAAACAAUUGUUUCAAAAGUUUCAAUUUCUUUCGUUUGGCUAUGUAUAUAUCUAUACUAAAAGGGAUCUUGGAACUUCCUUCUCUGGAAGUGUUUAACAAUUGACUUACCAUUUAAUUUAUGGGGAAUGUUACGUGCUGAUUUGAAAAAAUCAACACCUAUAAAAUACCAAAACAACAAGUCUUUGUUAAAAACAACAUGUGCUGUUUGUUUAUAUUUACACGUGUCCUGUACAAGUAUAUCUCAUGUGCUGAAAUGAAUUGUUGUAUGUGCUAUGUAAGACUAUAUCAUGUGUUGUUAAUUCAUGUGUUGUGUUUGUAUUAUAUGAACAUAAAUGAUGUGCUGUUUGCUAGAUCUUGUAUGCUGUUAGUUCAUGUGUUGUGUUUGUAUUUUAUUAAUAUAAAAGAUGUGUUGUCACUAAUAGUACCGUAUGCUUUUUGUUAGCUAUUUGUGUACUGUUCAGCACAGUGCCGAGAUU